AUGAAGAUCGCUCUCCUCGCCAACCCGGCACGCGGCGAGAUCAACGUCCUUUUGGCAACCGCCUACGAGCUCAUCCGACUUGGCCACGAUGUCAUCUUCCUCACCGGCUCGUCCUUCCGCAACGCCAUCGCCGAGUUCAGGGAGGAGCAGAAUGACAAAGUCCUCGCAUCACGCAUUCACUUCUCCGACCUCGGGACCGCAAAGGCAUUCGAAGAUUUCACUCGCGGUAUGCAGUCGCACCUCAAGGGGUUAAGGAAACCACCCGGAGACUACAGCAGCAUGGAGAUUUGCCAGAUCGUAGCACUCGUUACCGAGCAAGAGUUCCGCGAAGCCGCCACCCUGGUUCGUGACCGGUUGCUCGAGCUGGAACCGGACAUGAUCGCCGUGGACGCCCUGUCCCCCAACCUCGUAACCGGCUGCCGCAUGACCGGCCUGCCUUGGAUGUUCACCGUUCCCUGCUCGCCUUCUCUUACGGCUACCCGCAAGAGUCUUUUUGACCCUCAUCCGAUGGGUCGCAGGCGACAGCGUACCUUGAUGUCUGCGCUCGAAAACCUCAAAUUGACGAUCCGCGAGACUUACGGCAAUGCCAUCAAGAGGGACCUCUACGCGCGAAGAGCGCUGCUCAAGAAAGAGUUUGGCCUCAGCUCAAUGGGCUUCAACGCCGACAGUGCCAUUGUGCCGCCCCUCUGGAAGGAUCGCAACUGUGUCGGCGGCAUUCACUUCAACACUCCAGGUCUGUGGGACUCGAUUCGACAGCCGCAUCAGAUCACGUUUGUCGGUUGCGGUGUCACCAGCGACCCGGAAAACCACUCGCCGAGCCAGGCCAGCACGCCUAUCUCGGAAGUCGCAGCUUGGAGCCCGUUGAGUAAGCUGUCGACUUCCUUCGAUCAUUCUGGCCAAGGCGAGCGCGACCUGGACGUCGAGUGGAUGGAUGCUGCCUACGCCGCCGGCGAGUCGGUCGUCUACCUCAACAUGGGAAGCAUGUUCCUGUGGACCGACGACGAAGUUCGAGCGUGUCUGCGCGCGUUCGAGCGGCUCCACCGUGAAAGCGGCGGUAAGAUUAAGCUUCUCUUCAAGCUCAACAAGCCGAAGCGCAACCCGGGCAGUCCAGGAUUCACCUCGCCGCUCAACACGCCCACCGCCGUGGCGACGCCCAAAUGGGACGAGAAGCGUCCCAUCGAUUCCAGACGACCGAGCGGCGUGUCGACGCUCAUCGUGGCCGAGAAGCUCAGCGAGGCCAUCAAGAACGUCAAGCCGAAGCGCAAGACCGAUGCGGAGAAGGGCUACUCGCAGUUUACGCUCUCCGAGUUCGAAGGGCUCGAGUACGUGCGCUUCACACGCUGGGUACACGACCCGCGUCGCAUCUACAAGCACCCGGCUCUUCGCGUCGUCAUUCACCACGGCGGCGGCAACUCGUUCAACGAGGCAGUACACUACGGGCUGCCGCAGAUGAUCCUGUCGCAGUGGUUCGACACGCACGAGUAUGCCAUCCUCGCCGAGCGCUUCGGGAUCGGCCUGCGUAGCAAGCACGCGCCUUUUGUGGACGAGGACGACCUGUUUGCCAAGAUGCUCCGCCUGCUCCGAGGCCCCGAGGCAGACAAGAUCCAGGCCAAUGCCAAGAUCUGGUCGACGCGAAGUCGCAACGCCGGCGGUGCUCCCGCUGCUGCAAGGCUCCUCGAGACUCAUGCUCUUCUCUUUCGCCAGCGCAAGCAAACACGCGAUCAGACGUCCACCGCCAAGACGAGCACGAGCCUAGAUGCCACCGAAGUCGCUACUCCGACCUGUACCGACACCGAGGCCAGCUUGUCGCCCAAGAUCCUGUCCAGCGCCGCUUCCACUGUCACCAACCCCUAA